AUGUUCAGCAUAAUAAUACGAAGUCGACAAAAGAGUCGCUUCAAGUCAAUACCAUCACCACAUUCCACAAGAUUUAUCUCAAGCUUCUUUAAGCACAAUUUAGAAUCACUAUUUGCUUCAGAUCAAGAAUCUAAAGCUGUUUCAACUCCAAACUUGGAAAUCAAAUCAAUUGCAAAAGUUGUGCCCACUUUCCCUUUCUACAAACAAUAUUCAAAAAGCAUCAUUCCCCAAGAGAUACUCAAAAAGUCACAAGGAGAAGACCCUCUUGAACUACUGUCAUCCAAAAAGAGUAGCUACCAUGACAGUGUAAGGAACCGCCCUGGAUUGGGAUCUUUGGUCGAAAUACAGCUUGACGAUGGUACUGUUGAUUUGGGUAUAGUAAAGUCAACUCUAGGAGGCUUAUUCUAUGAAGGUUCAGAUGCUUUGUCAAUGGUUAAUAUUAAAGGUGAGGAAGUGAGAUUUAAUAUAUCUCAAGUUUCCUUCCAUCUGUUCAAAGCGAUAAGCCCCAAGCCCUUACGAAAUUUGUCACACGAUGAAAACAAUCAAAGAAUCGUUCAAUUGUUGAAGCAUCUAAUCAAGUGCUCUUAUACAUCAAGGUUUAACGACCGCUCAUUAUUUUCAAUGGCACAAGCGUGGUUUGCUAAGGAAAAUUCGCCUGUCGAGAUUGAUUUACAAAAAAUAAGUGAAAUGAUUCAAAGAUAUUCAAACCAACGUCAAGAUAAAUCCUCGAGGAAUGAGGUUUCGUUAUUUGCAGCGCAUACUCAGAUUGUGAAUGAUCCAAUCAACUGGAUGGCUAUCAGAAAACCACUAGAUAACCAUAAUGACUCAUUGGUGUGUUUCAAGUAUUACUCGAACUCUUAUAAAACUAUAGAACAUUUAGAAAAGGCAAUGAAAAUCAAUAAUACUCAUUUGAAAACAAUUGCUGAUGAUAUCAAAAAAUGCAUUCAAAGUGGUUGUGGAAUAGAGGCCACAUAUGCUGAUUCUGUUAUCGCACUCUUGAAACAUUAUGUUUUAUAUCCACAUUUAGGAUUAACAUCACCUAUUAAAGAAAUUUGGAAACAUAUCACAGGUUCAACACAGUUCACUCCAACAGAUAUUCAUCAAUUUUUACUUAAAUUGGGCGACUAUGACAUUCAUGAAACAGUUAAGCCAGUCAGACCAAAUGACAUUUAUUCCAAAAUCAACCUAGAUCAUUUCAGUUUCCUUAGGGAACCGACAAAUCAAAAGGCAUAUACAAUUCCAAGUCCUGAUAAUGAGACAAACAUUGCAGUCUCUUUAGAGAAGACUCGUGAUUAUUGGAUUUUUGAAAUACAUGUGCUGGAUAUUGCAAGCCAUUUAACUCCAGGAUCUAAAUUGGUGGAAAGUUUGCUCAAUAGAGUCUCAAGUUUUAAAUAUGAUGAUAAAAAGAUUCCAUUGUUUGAUGAUGGUGUAUUUUCAGGAUUUAGUACGAAUACAACUGAUGCUAUAACUAUAUCAUUGCAAUAUCCUUUAGAUGAAGCAGUUGGAUGGAAUAAAGCUGAAUUGUUAUCAAUAAACUUAUCAAAGUCACAUAAUUUAAAAAUGGUGUCGAUUGAUGAACUAAAUCAAUUGAAUGAAGAUAAGUCGGAGUUCAUGAGACUUUUCAAACAUAGCUCAAAUAAUAACUUGGAUGGUGAUGAUGAAGAUAUUUUGAAAAGUUGUUUCAAAAUCAUUGAAAUUUGGACAAAGAGAAGAUGUUCUCAAGGUGCAAUUUCUCAUAGUCUACCUUUCAAAGUUGUUGAAGGUAAUGAAUCGGUGGAUCAUACAAAGAUCGAAUUUGUCAAAUAUUUACACAAAGAGUUGUCAACUAUUGUUAGUGAAUAUGUUAUACAAUGGAGUGAAGUGAAAAAAUGUCCAUUAUUAAUCCAUUCCCAGUCCUUAUUACCUUCACUUCAAGAUGAAAUUGAAAUAGACCCACAAAGAUUUUCCAUUCCACCAUUCAAAGCUUCGAGCUAUGAGCAUUUUACGCUGUUCUCUAAUGAUCAAGGAGAUGUUACGCUCAAAAGUCUAAUAUGUGGUGAAAAAUACUUGAACAAAGAAAUUGUAACCACACAGGCGUCACCUCAUGUUUCGUUAGGUUUACCUUUUGGUUUUGUUGAACUCAUAAACCCAUUAAAUGAUUACGAAGCUAUUGUGAAUCAAUGGCAAGUGAUUAAUAUAUUGAAACAAGAAUUCAAAUACAAACAAGGGUUCAAUUAUAAACUGAACAAUGCAUUACAAGAUUUCAAAUUACUCUCAGAUAAACAACUUCAACAACAUUAUGAUUUCAACAUUGCACCAUUGAAAAAUUUCAACAAUUCAUUACAGACAUCCAAUAAAAGGUUCAAGAAAUUGAAAUGGUUAUCAACUAAAAAAGAUGAUUGCUUAUUGUUUUGA